AAUCAGAUUGUCUUCAUCAGUAGCAAUGCAAUAAACAUAUUUGUUGGUCAGAGAUCGUGCAAUGAAGCAUUUAAAAAUCAUCGCACGAUUGCUCCGGUUCCGUCGUUGUCAAUGCCAGAUCCAUGUAAGAUUUAUCAUUUACGCCAAAAAUCGUCAAAACAUAAACAUCAAAUUGACUCAUGAAGUAUAGAUUAUUAUGGUUAUGUGUCCUUCAAACAUCUCGAUUCGACAGCCGAAAACAUCGCCGGGAUAAUCUCACUCGCGUAUUGUUGGCGCGUGCUUCUACUUUCUUCUGAUUUCUGAAUGACUGAUAUCAACUUCAUUAACAGAUAUCAGUUUCUAUCCCAACAGGCCAACAAUUUCCACUUUCAUCAAGAAAAUAUGGAAUCUGUGAAUACUCUAUUUGGAGAAUGGAAUUUCUUUAGUGGAGUAAAUGUUGCUGAAGAAGCCAAUUUUAUGGCACAGUUGCUUAAUACUUUUUCUCCCCCAAAUGAUUCAACCAAUGUUACCACAUUUUGGCCACAUCAAGAACUAACCACAAACCUUAAUGAAGUUGAUGAGACUUCGGCUUAUCUGUCAGAUAACACCAAAAUUUACCUACAUUGUCUGUCCCAAGACUUUAAUUCUUCUGAUUUAAGUGAAUUAUUGGUGGCACAAAACACAGAAGAUAACGAUUUGUCUGCAAGUUCUAGGAAACGCUCGUGUAGCAUGGCAGAUGUUCAUGAGAACAGGGAAAAGAUAAAGUGUAGAAAAAGUGAAAAACUUGUAUCUAAAAGCAAUGAAGAUGAAGCUGACCAUGAUGCAGUUUACGGGCAAAUUAUGAAAAUUUAUGGAUCUGAUGGUGAAUCUAAUCGGUCUCAGGAAACAAGUAUAAGUCCAAAUGCACCAAAAGGGGCAGUGAAUCUGAAAUCAAAAGGGAAGACAAAAGCAAAUAGGGGGUCAGCAAGCGAUCCACAAAGUGUCUAUGCACGAAAAAGAAGAGAAAGGAUUAAUGAACGGUUAAGAACAUUACAGAAACUUGUUCCUAAUGGUACAAAGGUUGAUAUAAGCACAAUGCUUGAAGAGGCUGUUCAGUAUGUGAAAUUUUUGCAGCUCCAAAUCAAGCUAUUGAGCUCUGAUGAUCUAUGGAUGUAUGCUCCAAUUGCAUACAAUGGAAUGGACAUUGGGCUUGACUUGACAAUUCCAUCACCAAGAUGAUAAACAUUUUGACUAUUCUGACCUCAGCUGUCACAUUUUUCUGAAUAAUAAAUAUUCUUUUAUAAUAUUUUUUGGUGUGAAAAAAAGAGAUUAAUUUCAUCAAAAGAUGUUUGUAUGCUGGAAACUCAGGCAUAAAGCGAGAAAAUGUUUCUUUUUCGGUUGGGAACGAUUGUACAUUCAUGUAAAUUUCCGCAACCCCUUGUAUUCAGGGCCGGCUCAACCUAUUUUGAGACCUAAAGCGAAAUAAAACUUGGGGCCCUUUCCGAAUGA